CCUCACGUUCUCAUUCUUAUUGUCAAAAAUUCAGUAUGAGAUUUUUUCCGUUUUUGUCGUAAUUUGGUGUUGUGCGAAUUUAUAGAAAUUAUUCAAGUGUUUGAUGACAUUCUUUUAGUUCGUGAAAUUCCAUUAUGUAUUCUAUGUCUCCGGGAUUCUUGAAAAUACCUAAAAGGAUAGCCCCUUUACGGAAUUUUACGUUGAUUCGUGAACCCUCAAAAAUUGUAGUUUCACAGUCGGCUCGUAACUCUACUAUCCUUCUACGCAAUUAUAGUAACGACAAAAAGCACAAUGGAGCUGAAAAUCUUCAUCAAAAUGCCUACAGAUACCUAUGCUAUUCAUUAUUAUGCAGUGCUGCUGCUUACACCUCGUACAAUAUGUGGGUGAGAUACCAAGUGUUUCCACACAUCACAGCUGCUGAAGAAAUCUCAGACACUGACUCUGACAGUGAUGUAGACACAAAGAAGAAAAGAUAUAGAAAGGAAAAGAUUGGAUUUAGAGACAGAAAGAUCAUCGAGUAUGAGAACCGAAUGCGACAGUACUCCACGCCGGAUAAGGUAUUUCGAUACUUUGCCACACUGCAAGCGCAGCAUCACGAUCAACAUGAAGUCUUUAUGACACCUGACGAUUUUCUGCGCUCCAUGACUCCGGGAGUUAAACAGCCUGACGGAUUGGGAUUAGACCAGUACAAGCGAUAUGACCCCAAGAACAUCGGUGAGACCAUCAACCAGCGUUUGAAUCUGGAUCUGUCUGAAGACUCCAUCUUCUACAAGCUUGGCUCGUCCGGCCUUAUCACAUUCAGCGAUUAUAUCUUUCUACUUACUGUCUUAUCAACGUCUCGACGCCACUUCGAAAUCGCGUUCCGCAUGUUUGACUUGAACGGUGAUGGCGAUGUGGAUUGCGAGGAGUUCGAGAAGGUAGCCGCCUUGAUCCGGCAGCAGAGCAGCAUUGGCUCCAGGCACCGGGACCAUGCGAAUACUGGCAACACUUUUAAGGGCAUUAACUCAGCUCUGACAACAUACUUUUUCGGACAAAAACUCAACCAGAAAUUGACAAUUGAGAAAUUCUUAGACUUCCAACAACAGCUUCAGAAGGAAAUUUUGUCCCUCGAGUUCCAGAGAAAGCAGCCAGAACAUUUUUCUAUCAGUUUCAGAGACCACGGCGUUGGUAUAACUAAGGAGGACUACCUUAAGUUCUUCCACCUGCUAAACAACAUAAAUGACGUAGAUACGGCACUGACUUUCUAUCAUAUUGCCGGUGCGUCCAUUGACCAGCCAACUUUGAGGCACGUGGCUCGAACUGUAGCCCAUAUUGAAUUAGACCCCCAUGUUAUUAAUGUCGUAUUUACGAUAUUCGAUGAAAACAUGGAUGGACAACUGAGCAACCGUGAGUUCGUAGCGGUAAUGAAGAAUAGGCUUCUUCGCGGACUAGAAAAGCCAAAAGACACAGGUUUCGUCAAACUUAUGUACUCCCUUAUCAAAUGCGCUCGGGACACCAAACCCGCGAUAUUGGAUUUUUAACAUACAUAUAUAAUUUUCUUUGUACGAACAACCACGCGAUGCGUUAUAAACUACCAGCACAAACGGGUCUUGUCAAAUCUAGUUUUAAGCGCCAUGUGUCAGCUUACGCAGGAUAUUUAUAACCGACGCCGUGGCCGUGAGUGCGAUUUAAGAAAUUGCAAAGAAAAUUAAAAUUAGAUAAAUGACAACAUAGCAGUGAAUUAUAAUUUAUACAGUAACCCUUUGGUUAGACUACAUCGCGGUUACAUCGAGAAAACUCAAGGCGUCAAGAAACCGGUAUUAAAAGGUUGCAAAAUUAAAGGCUUAUUCUACACAGCAGUUGAUUAUGGACUGCGAUAGAUAGGUGAAUGGCACAAAUGUAAAUAAUAUUAAUUUAUUUGUUAUCACUGCCUAAUUACAAAAAAUAUUAUAUUGCUGCGAUGCGUGGUUGCCAUAGGAGUUCGUACACGCAACAUUGCACAUUGCAUUAAAGUUGAACCUUGAGUGAAAGCGCGAGGAAAAGUGCUCCCGAUUUUAACAAGUAAGUGGAAGUAUUUGAAGUCCAAGUAUUUAUCAGGAAAGAUGAAAAAUAUUUGGGAUUAACCUUGAUUAGUACUUUUAAUGAGUAUUAUAACGGCCUCUUAACAAAAGUACGUACUUUAUAAACAUUGCGUACUGAAUAAAGCAGAAACAGAAAAUUAUUCAGUCGAAUUACGUAACAGCCAUAAAAACAUGUCAUGGGCGCUUCCGACAUGCUCUUGGCCGGUCUUUCCGACAGCAUGACACUUUUGUUAUUGCUACUUUUAUCAUAAUAGAUAGUCAAUCACAUUUUUACAAAAACCUUUUUAAAUUCCGUAUUAUUGCAUCAAAGACACUCGUAAAAACAAGAGAAACAAUGACGACAUCCUUUGACGACAGAAACAUCAUACUGCUGCGCUUUAUUAAUUGGACAGGCAGCUAAAAAAACUCGUACAACAACAGUCGAAAGAAUGCAGCCAAAAGUCAACGCCAGGAAUAAUUGCGCGGGCGAUACAAAAAAAAAUCUUUCCCACGCAAUUACUCGAAGGUCUAGUGGCGCCCUAUGCUGUAACAUUUGUUUAUAUACUCAAAUAUGUCAUGUUAUAGUGAAACACUUUCUCACGGGGAGUGUAUUCAAUGUUGUUCUCUGUAAACUUACCUUACUUAAUGGACUGUGCAAGUAACCACGGAUCUUAUGUAAGCUCUCUCUAUUUUUUUUAUGAAUAUAUUAGACUGAAUUGAAGAAUCGUCUCAAAUUAAGCUAAUACGAAACGCUGUAAUGUAGAAAAUUGUAAUAAAAUUAUAAAGUAUUGUAAUAAACUUUCUAAGAUUCAUAAAAUUUUUAUA